AUGCGGGUAUUUCUUUUCACCCUUGCUCUCGCUGCGAGCGUCGCAGCGGAUGAUGGAGACGACUUCGUCAAUAAUCUGUUCCCAGACCUAGAACCAUUGCUCGCCCUGUUCGGAGAGAGGGUUACUAUGCAGUUUAUGAGUCAAUCACUAGGCUGGGCUGACAAUAUUGUCCUGGCCAUGGUGCCUCUGGGAAUUAUUACCAUAGUAAUUAGCGCAAUAAGAGUCGGAGGGCCCGGAUUCCUCAAAGCUCUUAUUGGCAGAGCUAGAGAGAAUCUCGCUCUUGCUGAACAAGGGCUAAUGUCGUGA